AUUCCCGGUUUUCGGUGACACUCACGUUGUUGAAACGGGUUUAAAGCCAGGGGAAAACCGGUCGGGAUUAAACAGUAAUUACGGGGGAUGAGAGGCGUUUGUGCGUCGGACGGCUUGCCCACGGCUGCGAACAGCGCCCUUCCGCGCCGCUACCCCGCCCCCGCCCCGGCCGGCGCCGCGCACUGCGGACGCUGCGCCGAAGGGCGGGCGCUGGCGCCCGGCGGGCGGCCUAUCAGGGCUCUGCCGGAAGCACGCGGGGCCCUGGGCGCGGGCCGGGCCGCGCGCGGAUGUGAGGGCGGCGGGGAGCGGCGAGCGGGCCCCGGCGGGGCCAUGCCGGGCCGAAGGUCCUCGAAGGAGAAGAAGCGGCGCCGCUCGCGAUCGUGCUGCCCGGAGGGAGCCUCGGGGCCGGCCGGCGGCGAGCGGAAGCGGCGGAGCACCGAGUCCAGCCGCGGCGCCCUGGAGGAAGAGAAGUGCAAUGUACCCUCUGGAGAAAAAGUGGAAGAAGCUGAACAACCCAGUGAUAUAGAAGAAGGAGGAUUAGAUCUCAGCGUGUCGCUCAAACCAGUCAGUUUCUACAUCUCAGACAAAAAAGAAAUGCUUCAACAGUGUUUCUGUGUCAUAGGAGAGAAGAAGCUACAAAAGAUGCUGCCUGAUAUUUUAAAGAACUGUUCCAUGGAUGAAAUCAAAAGGCUUUGCUUGGAGCAGUUGGAGCUGUUAUCUGAAAAAAAACUAUUGAAGAUACUUGAAGGCAAGGUUGGAGCUGAUUCUGAUACUGACGAGGAGGCAGAUGGAGGAGACAAGACUGGAGGUGAAUCAGUCAGUCAACAGGACAACAGUAUAGACUCUACUUCUUCUCUGAGAGAAGACAACAAGCUGGAAGGUCAAGAAUCAAAACAAGGCAAGGGAGAAGAUAGCGAUGUCCUCAGCAUAAAUGCAGAUGCAUAUGAUAGUGACAUAGAAGGCCCAUGCAAUGAAGAAGAUGGCCCAGAUGUUCAAGAAAACACUGUCAGAAGUGGAGCCAGUCAGAUAGAUGACCUUCAGAAGGACAUUGAGAAAAGUGUGAAUGAGAUACUGGGAUUGGCAGAGUCCAGCUCAAAGGAGCCCAAAGCAGCAACUUUAGCUGUUCCUCCAUCAGAAGAUGUGCAGCCAUCAGCACAGCAGCUGGAACUUCUGGAGCUCGAGAUGAGGGCCAGAGCUAUUAAAGCUCUGAUGAAAGCUGGUGAUGUAAAAAACCAGCCCUGAGAUUGUUUAGAUGUAAUUUCAGUAUUUUGUUUUGAAGGAUGUGAUGUCUGUUCUGUUCAGUGCUUAAGUAUGUUUGGGUUGGGUAUGAUGUUCCUCAUUCAAACCCUAUUAUUUUGUAUCCUGACCUGUGGCUUAAGCCACUGAUAGUUUCAUUGCCUUUAGUGUGCUGCUUCUGUGACGUGGACAGAGUGGUGUCAUGAGCUACUGUUGGGUUGAACAAUUUGGCAGAGGUUAAACCCCAUUGCUUUCCGACCGACCUCAGGUAACUCUGGGAGGUUGGGGCGGCUGGGCUUAACUUCUGAUAAACUUCAAUGACUUAUCGUGACUAGGUUCCUUUUACAUUCUUGGGAACAGAAUUAAGACUCAAAAUGGAGUCAAAUUCCAAGUCACUUUAUUUGGCCAACAACAAAUACGCAAGAGAAAAGCAGAGAAAGAAAAAAAAAAGUGAGAAAGGGAAAGGGAGAGCGCACAAGAGUAUUGCAAUAGCUGCCACCACGGAUCUGCGGCGGUCUGUGUGGUCAGUUGGUCCGUGCGUCCUUCCGUCUGUGCGGUCCGCCAGUUGGUGUGGUCCAUGCAUCCGAUGUAUCUUCAAAUCCGGUGCUGGGGGAGUGUUCCAGAACACUCCUCGUGGCCUCCUCCGGUGUCCCCUUUUUAUAGCGUUGCUCUCUUGCAUCAUCAAUGACUGUUUUCCACAGCCACGCCUCCCACUUGGCGGUGGGGUGUGUGCCCAGUACUGUCACUAGAGGGUGCUGUAAAGUUCUAGGGUGUCCAAGCCCCUCCCCCCAUCAGUCAGCCCCAGGCCCGGGCGCACGUGCAGAGGGUGUGUACUCCAGCGACAACAGGACACGCACACUCCCGCCGGGCAGGACUGAACAGGCGCCCCGGCGACCAAACUGUCCCGCUCGGGUGCCAUGGUGAUUAAGUUUUGGUAAUGAAACUUGUCCUGCCAACAAUGUUGAGACAAGUUUCUGGUCCCUUACAGUGGUGCGAUGCUUUGCUGAGAUCAGGUCUCUUUGUGCUGCGUUAUCUCCUCAAGGGGUCACACAAUGUAUAGAGCAAUGCCAGGUGCCUUCAAGAAAGGUUAGGAAAACCAAGUUCUUUAUAACCCCCUGGUUAGAAAUUACCAGCUAUUUUAUUUAUUAGCAACUUGUUAAACUACUUAAGAAACUUGAUUUAUAUGUACUUCAUUAAAAAUACCAUUCUGAAGAGGUCUUUUGUUGUGUGACUGCCUUCAGCAUUCUGUGAUGGGAUUUGAGAUUGCUUAUUUCUCCUUGGGGCCUAACUCAUCAUAAUGUAGCUAUUCAAGUUAAAAUGAAUGAUGAUUCACUUAAAAGCAUACUUAAUUUUUAGAAAGUUGGCUUCCUAAAGGGAGGGAUUUUUCCUUUCGAAUGAACAAUUGAACGAUGUUGUUUUCAGAGUUAUGAAAGUGCCUGAAAGUUACAAAUACCAGAGUUUUUAUACUGUUGAUAAUGUGAUUUUAUCACUCUCCUCUGCUUUUAUCUUCUGUGUUGUAAAUGAAAUAAAUAUAACUUUUUCUUGAC